UGUACGCAUGCGCGAUGGAAUACUAUUGGCAACCGGGACAAUCAAGAUAAGCAAGUGAAUUUCUGCGCUGUUUUUACCCAAGAUUUUCUAUAUUUUACCUUCCCAAAAUAACUGUGUGGCUAUGGAUUUCGAGUAGGAAAAGUUGACUUCUUUCAAGAACCCACAGCAAUGAUGAAUGGGGACUUUCGGAGCGAAAGUUGUCUUUCGUAUUAGACCGGGCACAUCAGCAACGUACACAAUGGAUGACUCUGAUGAAGAAGACAUUAAUCUUCCUUCAAGUGGAGAAGACCAGAAAAUUAUUAGGAGACCUAAGACCUCCAAGCAGACGUUUCUGACCCAAAGCCGGGCGACAAAGAAGCGGAGUGCAAAUGCCAAGAUGAAAACCCGCCGGUCUUUAGAGGACAGACCUCCAUGGGUCCAGCCGUCUGUCCGUGGGGCCAUGCCCACCCCUGACAUGACGGUGACACACAUCAACCAGACCCACGACAGGGUGAGGGCACGCGACAUGGCGGCCAUGUUUAACGAGGGCCAGACCUCCACCGAUUGGCUGAAGAAUCACAGCAUUGAGCACUUCAACCUGACCCUCAAGGAUCUGCUGAGCAAAGGCCAAAUUAUCAGACCAAAGAACAACAAUAACAAGCGCUUGGAUGGCCCACCGCGGGAGCUACAGUUUGAGGCCAGCGUGGUAAACGAGUUUGAGUACAAGCUUUAUGAGAGCAUCGAGAUGUACCACAACCGCAUCCGCUGGCUGCUCAAGGGCAGCAAGAAGACCUUUGGUAUGAUCAAAGGGAACAAGGUAGCCCUGGUCAUCGACAGCUCCGACUCCAACUGUGGCUUUGGUCGGAUCAGCCACUUCAGAGAGUCACUUAUGGAGUUGAUCGACGAGCAACUACACAACCGGGAAAUGCUGUACCUGAUGUCGUUUGGUACAGACCUGGACACGUUAUGGCACACUCCCAGAUACACCAACAUCAGGAUCCUGGACGAAGCCCGGUACUGGGUGAACAGCCUGUCAGGCACCGGGGGCUGCAACCUGCUAGCUGCUCUCAAGAAGGUCCUGAAAGUCAAGGACAUUGACUCCAUUGUCCUGGUCAUGGGCAGCUGUCCUGAUCAGAAUGCUGAAGCCCUGGUUGAGUACAUAGAGCAAGCCGCUGUAGGCCGGCAGGUCCCUUUACACUGUGUGACAUUUGACUGCAAUAAUCAUCUCACUAAUCUGACACUACGCAAGCUAGCUGACAUUUCAGGUGGCCGGUAUCACGUCUACGCAUCAGGCUCAGAGGAGCAAAUCUACACCGGCACAGACAUCACCAUGCUGCUGAGAGAGAUCCGAAUAGCCCAGGACGUCAUCAACAAGAUACAGGAAAUGAGGCAAGGCAUGAUGGGAGAUGCCCUGGUCAGCAUUCUCAACGAGAUAUCCUUGGAGGUACAGAAGUUACCGCAGUCGCGGUUUCUGCCCAGGCCCCCUAACCACACCGGCCCACUGGUCCUAGAAGAGGCAGCUUUCUUACCCAAGACAUCCGAGGAUUGGCUGCAACAGAACGGACUCAAAGGGAAAAGAUUGUCCUUGUACCAGGUCUUAGCUCCGAAUGCCUUCAACCAGAUUGAGGAGUUCAUUCCAAUCAUCAGAAAGUCAGUCAGGUCACAGACUCAUGAGAAAGCCAUGACUCAGUUUGAGUGGCACGACGGAACCAUCAAGAACGUCCACGUAGACCCGGCGCUUCUCUUUGAUUACCAGAAACAGCUAGGAGCUACGGUCAAACUCUACGAGAGACGGGUAGACUGGCUGUCCAAGGACAGUAGGAGGCUGUUUGGUACCCUGACCGAGAAGAGGAUUGUGAUUCUGAUUGACCUGUCGCUGAGCAAUGCCAACUACCUGGUCCACAUCCAGCACUCCCUGCGUUUGCUGCUGCAACAGCAAAUGCUCAACAAAGAAGCAUUCAACAUCAUCGGUUUCAGCAGCACAGCGCGUUCCUGGAGGCCCUUUAUGCAGGAACCCACAGAGCAGAACCUGCAGAUGGCAUGGAAGUGGGCGCUCGGUCUGGAGUGUGGCGGCAGUCGCAAUUUCCUCGCUGCCCUGAGACUGGCCCUGGAGAACGAGGAAGAUCGCAAACGCAAUAUGACUGUAGACGGUAUCUACCUCUUCACCAGCGGCAUCCCCGACCAGCUCCCCGAGGUCAUCUGCUCCUUCAUGGAGGAAGCCACCAUCGCCCAGCCAACCCGGCUCCACUCCAUCCUCUUCAACGUGGACGAUUACGACAGCAACGGGGCCAUCCCGGGCCGCUACGCCAACAUCACGCAGACGGCCGAGUGCCUGCGCACGCUGGCCCACGUGACGAGGGGCCGGUUUCACUGGUUCCGGGAGACGGGGAUCAUUGAGAGUGACGACAUCAAGGGUAUACUGAGCGAGAUGGACAAGGCUGUCAACUACUCUCAGAAGUGUGCAAUGCUUGUUGAUUCAGUGAAGAAAAGAUCUCCAAAAUAUCAAGCUGAGUUGAUGAACGGUUCCUCAGACGACCAGCCCAAGAUGCUACCCAUGAGACCUAGCUCAGCUAAGAGGAAGGCCCUGCCAGCCCCCAAGCACACGGAGCUCAGCCUGGCAAGACUGCAAAUCACAGAGAACAAGGAUAAAGAAGAUGGCAAACCCCUCCCUCGGAGCAGGCCCUCUAGUGCCAAGAAAGAGCCAAGCAAAAUGGACUCCAACAGGAUUGCCUCAGAGAAGGACCGUAAGUCCAAAAGGCCCAGCAGUGCUCAUAAGAGCAAGCCAUCCAAGCAGGUCUUCUACACGGAGUUCAAGAAUGAAGUGGGGACUGUGUACAAGCAGUACCCGGACAUCCUGAGCAAGAAGAAGAGUGUCAGGAAGGCCAUCAACCAUCCAGUCAUACCUGACAGGGAGGAACUCAAGACAACCAAAGAGUGGCUGAAGCUGUACGGAUUGAGCAAGCUGAGGUUAGAUCUGAGCAAGCUGGUGUCUGGACCAGAAUGCACCCAUGCCAAGAGACACAUCGGGACACUCAACAAAUCGGUCACUGCAAAAUAUUGCACGAUAUUUCCAAGUGUCAACAUCAAGGGCACUGUGAGGCAUCUGCAGAUGCAAGCCCACGAACUGCAAGACUACGAGAAACAGAUUGAGCUGGUACUCCGCAGGUACCUACGCAGACUGCAGUGGCUGCUGGGCGCCAGCCGACGGACAUUCGGCGCAGUGGUGGAGAAAAAGGUGAUAGUGCUGGUGGACACGUCAGGAUCGAUGGUAUCUCACAUGGAGGAACUCAAGCGAGAACUGGUAGCCCUCAUCUGGGACCAGUUCCAACGAGAGAACAUCAGCUUUAACAUCGUCCGUUUCUCGGGCGACAUUGAACCCUGGAGGAACGGCCUUGUCGAACCCACAGAAAUCAACUGCCAUGACGCCGUGCGUUGGGUGUCGACCUUUGCCCCCGCCGGAAACACAUGCACCCUAGAAGCACUUGUGCAUGCAUUCAAAGACAAGGACGUGCAGUCAAUCUACUUGCUGACUGAUGGCAAACCGGACAGCAGCACAGCGAGAGUCUUAAGGGAAGUGGCCCAGGUGAACACCAUCAGAGGCGUCAAGAUUCAUACCAUCUCAUUCAACUGCGAAGAUGAAACCGCUAACAUUUUCCUGCGUCAGCUGGCAGCCAUGUGCAGGAGUCGUUACCACCGCUGCUACGCUGGGAUGGAUGGAGAUCUGAUGGCCCAUAAACUGCUGGACGAAGGCUUCAAAGAUAUCGAUCAUCCUAUACUGCCGACCUUUGACAGUGAUGACCUGAAGCAGCUAGUUGAUGAGAUUGAGCAGGCUAGGCACUUCCUGUCUCAGUCCAGAUCCUUCAGACAGCUGUUUGGCACAACUACAAAACCACACGAGAAAAAUAAGUCCAGCAGACACAUGCCUCCCAACCACAUCAAGCCAUCGAUGACAGCGGCAGCCACCUGAAGGACUAUGGAACUCCCCAGCAAAGUUCAAAGAGUAUUGCAAUAUAAAAGAACUGGUUCUUAACCUGUAACAAGGCUGAACUGUUAAACAGAGAAAAGUAGUAGCAGCGGCUCCUCCUUUUGAGGUCAACUUAGAACACAAAGUAUGAAAAACAAAUGAACAAUAGUAACAAAAGCAACAAAAUCCAAAUCUGGUGAUUUGCAUUUAGAGACUUGUGAGACAAUUUAUUGCCCUUCCUGUACAGCUUGUGGAAAAUGUUCAAAUUCACAGUGAAAAAGAGGUUGGAUUUGUCAAUCCAAUAAUGAGUUUCAUAUGUGGGUAUAUUUUUCAAAAUUAUCCCUUUUCAAGCUAGAGUAUAAGAUAUGUUGUGGCGACACUAAGUCGAGUCAGAUUGCAGUGCCAGUGACAGAAUGAACAGAAAUGACAGAAUUUGAACGCCACAUUUUGCCACAAUUUAUCACUAGCUGUGGCAAUUUGUUCAAAACUACCUUCAGAGAAUAAGGAUUAAACCUUGAUUCGAAAUUCGAAACUAAAGCAUACCCUGACUUUUCAGUGAAAUCUGUUUUAUUCAUACUUCUUGGGCCCAUACAACUGAUUAGCUAAACUCACACAAAAAUUGUUUGUUAGUGUGUUUAUUUGUUUGUUUGUUUGUUUGAGCAUGAGGCUGUAUUCGAUUGACCAGGUAUUAUUUCUAUUAUUGUAGAUUUUUGUAAAUAAUUUAGCUGUAUAUUAUGUGCACACGAGCAAUAUUUUGUGAUAAGUAAUUUAGCUACAAGCUUUCGAAAUUCCUCAGAAGUUGAUUGUCUAAAGCUUUUGUUUCAGUGAUUUAUUCUAAUUGGUGAAUGCUUGUUGGUUCAGGUGCAAUACAAAGUUGUCAGAAAAGUGUGUAGAACUUUUUUAUUAUAAUUCCCACGACAGGUCAAAACAAAUUAACCCCCUGUUUGUUUGUUUUUCAACCCAAGUUGAAUUCACAGGCUUGCACGUUUUGAAAGCAGCUACUAUUUUCUCUCUUUUUUUGCCACUUAUUUUCCUUUUUUAGAAAAUGAGACUUUGGGGUUGAGGUUUAUAACUUUCCAAAAAUAAACAAACAAACAAAGGAUUACAUUCAAAAUUUGGUUAAGGCAUUGGUAUGUAGACUUAAUGGAUAAUUUAGUUAAUUGAUACUAAAUCUUAUGUGAUGGACAUAUUUCACAAAUUGUUUUGCCAGUUGCUAGCAUUGAUGCCAAGAUUGUACAUUGCUGUAAAAUAGCAUAGAUUCUUUCUUUUUUUCUUGUUUAUUUUAUCUGAAAUAUUCAGUAUGAUCUUAGACAAAAAUUCUUUUCAUUUUGGAAACGUUCUUCUUUGUUCAAAAGUUACAUCAGGGUCAACAAAUUAUUUUCACUUUUUGUGGACUAUUAUAGAAUCAAAAUCAUUUUGUAAAGAGAGCCUGCAUGUGUAGAUUAUCUGU